CUUCGGCAAUGGAGAUCCUGGCCCUGCUAGUCCCAAUCGGCAGAAUGUUUGCCAGGGUGAGGAACAGACCACUUCAUCCACAUCCGUCACGACCACAUCCGUGACGACGGUGACAACUACAGCACGGUACAACCCUACCGCCAUCGUUUACCCUGACGUUUGCCAGAUGUGGUUCUUUUACGUCGCAACAUCCGCCACGAUUUCUUCGCGACGAGCGGAAUGCUCUGCCGUGGCCGAAACUAUGGUUUCCAUUCAACCUCAGGUCACCGUUAAUGCUGACAACUACAUGGGCUCAGGAAAGGACACAGGUCUCGCAGGCUGUGUCUUUGACCUGGGCGGUGAAACAAUCAAUUUCUACGACUCACAAGAAAGUACUGAGGCCACGAAACAAACGCUAGUUGCUUACGAGUCUUGGCUGGACAUUUGCGACGGCCUUACCACAUCCACAGGGUCGUCCACUGUGUCCAAGACUUUUACACAGACAUCCAUGACCUCUUCCACGACACUGACUACCUCAUCGGAGACCUCCACUUCAAGUUUGUCUACAUACACAGGGACCUCCAGCACGAGCUUUAGUUCUACCACCGCAACGUCUAGCACGACGUUGACCUCAAGCUCGACGAUGACUACGACAUCGGGGACAUCCACUUUGACAUGGACCUCAACCACGACCUGGUCCUCUACCAGCGGAACUUCUAGCACCACUAUGACUUUGUCUAGUACCACCAAAACUUCAAUCACGACCAAGACCUCCAGCACGAGCUUGACGACGUUCAGCACGACCAGUCUUUCGUCGAUCACCGAGAGUUCUAGCACGACCGUGACGAGUUCAUCUGGGACUUCCGGUACCACCCUGUCUGAGACCUCGAGCGCGACCGUGUCUUCUAGCACCACUGUGUCUUCGACAACCGAUACCUCCAGUACGAGUGUGUCUUCAACCUCCGAGAGUUCUAGCACGACCGUGACGAGUUCAUCUGGGACUUCCGGUACCACCCUGUCUGAGACCUCGAGCACGACCGUGUCUUCUAGCACCACUGUGUCUUCGACAACCGAUACCUCCAGUACGAGUGUGUCUUCAACCUCCGAGAGUUCUAGCACGACCGUGACGAGUUCAUCUGGGACUUCCGGUACCACCCUGUCUGAGACCUCGAGCACGACCGUGUCUUCUAGCACCACUGUGUCUUCGACAACCGAUACCUCCAGUACGAGUGUGUCUUCUAGCACCACUGUGUCUUCGACAACCGAAACUUCAAGCACGACCGAAACCUCCAGCACCACCCUGUCUACUGAGACUUCCAGUGCCACCCUGUCUACUUCCACCGAGAGUUCUAGCACGACAUUGAGCUCUACCACAGGGACCUCUAGCACGACGCUCUUUACGACAACAGGUACGUCCACUACGACUUUGUCCAGUAUCACCGAAACUUCAAGCACGACCGAAACCUCCAGCACCACCCUGUCUACUGAGACUUCCAGUACCACCCUGUCUACUUCCACCGCGAGUUCUAUCACGACCUUGAGCUCUACCACAGGGACCUCUAGCACGACGUUCUCUACGACAACAGGUACCUCCAGUACGACUUUGACUACUACCACCGAAACUUCAAGCACCUCUACCACGACUGGAUCCACUACCUCAGGGACUACGACAACAGGGACUACGACAACUGAGACCUCCGCAACCGCCACUCCAUAUCGUCAGUCCGAGAUCGCUUGCACCAUCGGGCUCGUAUUCGCUAGCAACGUCUCAAUCGACGAAGUAGCGAACGCUACUAAGAAGUCGAUUUCGGUGUACUUGAACGUUUCGUCCUCGCAGAUUAACAUUGUAUCUGUUACCCCAUCUUCAACCAAUGUUGCGGCACGGAGUGCGAGAGUGCUGAACAGCGCUAUUGAAGAAUUUGGCUACCAAGUUGUUUACACGGUCUUCGUGGAAGGUACGGACGCGGAGCGUGAAGCGGCUCUCCUGACUGCUCUGGACAACGACUCCAGCGUCCUCGUACCGACGUUGGAGGUGGUGAUAGUUCAAUUGAACCUGGGCAAUUUCACUAUUUUCUGGACGACUCCACCAAACGUGCUUCUCUGGAUCUAUACAACGGCAACGCUCACGUCAACGACAGCCACUUCCACGACGUGCUGCGUCUGUGAUCUUCCAACUGUUGACGGCGUGCCAGCUGGACUCAUAGGAGACGACUUCAACAGCACUUCUAACAUGUCAGACCUGAUCCGUAUCGAAUGCGACGGCCUCAGCUGGUUCGAUCUUUGCCAUCCUUACUGUGGUCCUGGCUAUGUCGGGGUGGAGAGCAUGUCUUGCGCCAACACGACCACGCCCAUGAUACCCUCGUCCUUCGUCGGAGUUGCCAGGUGCGAGCGAGACGUCUGCUCUGGCAGCCCGCCUGCACCGCUGACCGGGUAUGAGCCGUGGGGCUCAAACUGCACGGGCAUGCUCUACCAGGAACGGUGCACCACUUCGUGCUCCGACGGCUACACGGACCUCGGUGUUCCAGUCCAGCUCGAGUGUCUGGCUUCGACGGCCUGGCCAGUGUCGGGCCCGGUGCAGUACGGCUGGGCCAGCAGUUCGGGCACUUGCACAGAGCUGUCAUGCGAGGCGGGCUCCGUUCCGUACUGGUGGGGUGUGGUCGAUAGUUCGUCUUGUAUCGGCACUGCAAGCCGCGCGAGUUGUUCGCCGGUGUGCGACGAGUCGUACGACUUGGUCGAGCCAAUCAACUGCACCAAGGGCCAGUUCGACCCUAUCCCACUAGUUUGCAUACCCUCCGAGCAUUCUGAGGCGCUCGAAUACGAUGUAGGUGUCUUGCUGCUCCCGAUGGCAAUCGCUACCAAUGAAAUCGGGUCUUCUUCUUGGCUCACUGCUGACUGGGUCAGCAGUGACGAAAUCCACGCUGCCAUCAUCAGCCUUCUUGCCAACACAUUAGGUUUAUUACCAGGUCAGGUGUUUGUUUCAGGGGUGAUUGGCUUGAACUCCGAUUCGAGCUAUGUUAUUCCUGCAGCGAGGCGUUUGACGACGCAGCAGGGGGUGUUCUUCAACGCCGUGCUCCAGCCAUAUCCGAUUGACAACCUGACAGCCCUAGAGGCGAGGACAAGCGACCUAGGCGGAGGCAACUUCACCGACCAGCUCGCUGCUGCCCUGCAGCGUGCCGCCGUGAGCCCCCCUGCUGGCCUCGCCCUGGCCACGCUCGUCACCUGGCCGACGGAGCACGCGAGCUUCACUCUGCCCAUGGCGAGGUGGGUGGCCAGAACGGAGUGGUCCGCGUGCAGCAACUUGUGCGGCGUGGGAGCGCAGACCCGCAUCGUGCAGUGCGUGGGGGCGUGGGACUCAAACGCCACCGACCUCUGCGACGCCAACGCCGCCCCGAGCUUCACCAUGGAGUCGUUCAUGCCCGACUCUAAGCCUUGCGAGCAGUACAUCCAGUGCCCCUACGACUGGAGCUGCCCCAGCGGUCCCGAUCCCAUUACGGGCGAGGGCUGCGAGUCGCAGGCAUCGGCCGUGGCUAUCGGGCUCGCUGUCGCGUUCUUGUGCUGUGCUUGUGUGCUCUGCCAGUGCGCUCGCAGGAACAAGGAGGCACUGCAGGAAAAGGUUGAUAAGAUGCUGGGGUUUGAGAAGAGGAACAUCCAGUGGACGAGGGACGAGGACAGAGACCGCACGCACGGCAGCGCCACAUUGACGCCGAAGGGUGGCCGGGGCGUCCCGAUUGGGCCAGUGGACUUGGAUUUCAGCGGCACUGUGGAUUUUGAGCUUCAGAUGACGGUGACGACUACAGCGAGUGACGCGUUGCUAGUCGGAAAGGUCUACCGCUGGAGUGACCCGAGCCAUCAGCGAAACGGGGCGAAGGCCCUGGUUAUCAAGCAAGGCACCCUGGCAUGGCAAGUUGGCGAGCACUAUAUCCACGGGAAGAUGUUUAUCCAGAGGAGCGAACAGCGGCAUCGGUUUCGGUUUCUUACAGCGGAGAAAUGGACCAGUACAUCCUCAGGGUCGACGGCGUCAUGGACGGCAGGGGACUCCGCGCUGUCGCGGACAGCAAGGACACCAGCCUCGUCCGCGGCACGACGAGCGCCCCGAGAGACGGCUCGAUCAACAAGCUGCACCCUGACCUUGACCGGUUGCGCCGAGCUGGCGUCGAGGUGUCCUACUUGGAGAGAUCUCAGAAGAUCCUAUCUUCGACGGCGAUAUCGACAACCUCACUUGGAGAGAGCGCCAGUGGAUGCAGGACGGCAGCCACAUGGCCUGGUUCUCUUUCGAUCUGAAAAUCGACAACAGGGCAGUGACUGGCGAGAGGAUGAAAAGGUCGUGCUACGUAUAUCCGGACGACCCAAGUUCGGACCAGCUCUUCCACAAUGGGCAGUUGGUGGAGUUCUGGUCGAGGACAAUACAGUCAUGGCUGCCAGCCAAGAUCACCGCUAUCAGGGACACAACGUACUACGACGAUGCCCUGAAUUUCGACGCGCCCUGCUUCGACAUCUACGUGGCAGCGGCCGAGCAGACCGUUCGGAACGUGGGCCUCGUGGAUCUGCGCGUGCCCUUGAUGGAAACUGAGUCGGCGAGCGUCUUCUCCCAGAAACGCGGGAGCUGGUUCCCGGCCCGCAUCCACACGGCAGGGCACGAUGGCCACCAUUCCGUGUACGACGUCAAGCUGGAGGCUGUGCUCAUUGGGAGUAAGUACGUUAAGUCCGAGCUGCAGAGGGACCUCGAGAGGUACAGCAAGAACGCGAGGCAAGGCUCAGAAGGUGGCUCCGGGGAUGAGCGCGACGACCACCAGG